AUGAACUCCCUCCGUGUUGCCCGUGUGGCUCUCCGAGCUCGCCCUACAGCCAUGCGAAUGGCCAUCCAGCGGAGAGGAUACGCUGAGGCCGUCCCCGACAAGAUCAAGCUGAGCUUGGCUCUGCCUCACCAGUCCAUCUACAAGUCCCAGGACGUCGUCCAGGUCAACAUCCCCGCAGAGUCCGGUGAGAUGGGUGUCCUCGCCAACCACGUCCCUUCGAUUGAGCAGCUCAAGCCCGGCCUGGUCGAGGUCGUUGAGGAGAACGGCCCCGCCAAGCAGUUCUUCCUGUCUGGCGGCUUUGCUACCGUUCAGCCCAACUCCGUCCUGAGCAUCAACUCCCCCGAGGCCUACCCCCUGGAGGACUUCAGCGCCGAUGCCAUCCGCGCUGGUAUUGCCGAGGCUCAGAAGGUUGCCAACGGCAAUGGAAGCGAGCAGGACAUCGCUGAGGCCAAGAUUGAGCUGGAGGUG